AUGACAUCCGUUUUCGCAUUACCUUCCUCGUCAACCUUGUUCUUCCUCGCCACAGUUUUGACCACGAAUAGUCGUUCGUCCAAAUACUUGUACAGGGUCAACGUCCUCGACUCGGUGCACUACGGCCAUCUCACCAAGACGAUCAGCACCCUCAUCAAGGAACGGUCGUCCGAAGAGGAGGCAGGGGAGAGAAGCAGCGGGUUUGCAGAUGCCGAUGAUCUGAUACAGGCUGUCAGCGAGCGCGCGUUCGAUCUGGCUGGCGAUGCAGCUUCUGAAGUCCGGGUGGUUCUGGGUGUGCCGAAGAUGAUUCUCCUUGCCAGCGGCUUCUCUGUAGACACAACGAUCGCCAAAGGCCCACCUCAUUUUAUGUCAUCGAAGAAUGUUUCUGUGAACGAUAUCGUCCUCCCAGUCAUUAUCGGCGUCAAUCCUCCGGAACGAGAAGAAAAGCAACGCGUUAUUAUUAACAUUACCUUUCACGAAAACACGGAACUGUCUCAGGUGAAAUCCCCCGAUUACAAGCAGAUCGUCUCGGGCCUUUGCAAGGAAAUUGAACCUACGUCCUAUCUCACCCUCGAGAAAUUCGUAAUGGAAAUUGUCCGGUUCUGCUGUCUCUCAUCCGACAAAGUUGCGGGCGUAACUGCUCGAGCCCAAAAACCCAGCGCUCUUAGCUUUGCACAAUCCUCCGGAGUUCAAAUAACCCGAACACGCGAAAUAUUCCUGUAA